CCCGCCCUGCUUCUUCCACAAGAGGGCAGAUUUCCCUGAGACUCCGGAAGUUCUGCCCUUCGACGCUUCCCACUCCUGGCACAUCCUCAGUCAAGAUGGCGAUGUCGUUAGCUGUACGUUCCUUACUGCUGCCGAGGCCGCGGCGUCUCUGGGCUUUAUCCAACAAGUUCCUGCCCCAGAGGCCCAUAAAUUUUGGUGUGAACAGAUUAAGAAGCACACAAACAGCUGCACAAGUAGUUUUAAAUGUUCCUGAGACAAGAGUAACAACUUUGGAAAAUGGACUCAGGGUAGCCUCUGAAGACUCUGGGCUCUCAACAUGCACAGUUGGGCUUUGGAUUGAUGCUGGAAGUCGAUAUGAAAAUGAGAAGAAUAAUGGAACAGCUCACUUUUUGGAACAUAUGGCUUUCAAGGGCACCAAAAAAAGAUCACAGUUAGAUCUGGAGCUUGAGAUUGAGAACAUGGGUGCUCACCUCAAUGCCUACACAUCCAGAGAGCAAACAGUAUAUUAUGCCAAGGCCUUCUCAAAAGAUUUGCCAAGAGCUGUAGAAAUUCUUGCUGAUAUAAUACAAAAUAGUACAUUGGGAGAAGCUGAAAUUGAACGUGAACGAGGUGUUAUUCUCCGAGAGAUGCAGGAAAUUGAAACCAAUUUGCAAGAAGUUGUUUUUGAUCAUCUUCAUGCUACCGCCUAUCAAAAAACUGCUCUUGGGCGAACAAUAUUAGGACCAACAGAAAAUAUCAAAUCUAUAAAUCGUAAAGACUUAGUGGAAUAUAUAACAACACAUUAUAAGGGUCCAAGGAUUGUGCUUGCUGCUGCAGGAGGAGUGUCUCACGAUGAACUGCUUGACUUAGCAAAGUUUCAUUUUGGUAAUUCUUUGUCACGAUGUGAAGGAGAAAUACCAGCUUUGCCUGCCUGCAAAUUUACAGGAAGUGAGAUUCGUGUGAGGGAUGACAAAAUGCCUUUGGCACACAUUGCCCUUGCUGUUGAAGCAAUUGGUUGGUCUCACCCAGACACAAUCUCUCUCAUGGUGGCAAAUACUCUGAUUGGCAACUGGGAUCGCUCUUUUGGAGGAGGAAUGAAUUUGUCUAGCAAGCUUGCCCAGAUAGCCUGUCAUGGAAAUCUAUGUCAUAGCUUCCAGUCCUUCAACACUUCCUACACAGAUACAGGACUGUGGGGACUCUAUAUGGUUUGUGAACCAGCCACUGUUGCAGACAUGAUACACUUCGCUCAAAGAGAAUGGAUGCGGCUUUGUACAAGUGUCACUGAAAGUGAAGUUGCCCGAGCUAAGAAUCUUCUGAAAACAAACAUGCUACUGCAGCUUGAUGGUUCAACUCCAAUCUGUGAAGAUAUUGGUCGACAAAUGUUAUGUUACAAUCGGAGAAUUCCCAUUCCUGAGCUUGAAGCAAGAAUUGAUGCUGUUGAUGCCCAGAAUAUUCGAGAUGUGUGCACAAAAUACAUUUACGAUAAACACCCUGCUGUAGCUGCUGUUGGUCCCAUUGAGCAACUACCGGAUUAUAACAGAAUUUGCAGUGGCAUGCAUUGGCUUCGAGAAUAAGAAGAUUUUAAUCAAAAGACUUUGAAAAUGUUAUUUGUAAAGCUAGGGAAAUUCAGGUUGUCCAUCAAAAAAGUAUCUGCAACCUAGUAGGAAAAUGUGAGGUGGUAUUUGUCACUUUUUAAAAAGGUGAUUACAAAAUAAGCAAACCUUUUGGCUCUUUCAGUUGGAGACUAUGGGGUUUUUUGGUAAUGGGUAAAAAGUAAGGAAAGUGAUCGCCACCAGCUGCUGUUUCUGUUUGAGGAAUUAUCAGUAAGCUAAAAGCACAAAUUCCACACUAGUAGAGUUUAUAAGUUUAAGAAUGAAAAUUUAUACAGUAUUUGCAGUUUUAUUAUAAAAACAAACACAACAAAGAUUGUCAACUUUAGUCAUUUCUUGGUGCGACACGCAUUCAUCACUUGUUCUUGAGCAGCUUUUUUUGCUUUUACCAUUUCAACAAGUUCCUGGAGGAAAAGGAAGAAAGGUUAAUGAAAAGGUUGAACUUUAAAGCUGCUUCUGUUUAAGAAUAUCAAAAUCAGAGAAAUACUUAAUCUAAGAACUUGUCAGGGAGAUUUUGUUUACCUUUUUGUGAGGAUAGUAUGGAAUAUUGUUUAGAUUUUUACAUCUAUUGUUCACAAUCUCCAAAAGGAUCAUUUGAGUAAAUGCAAAUAAAAGGAUCUGUAGUUAGCAGAUUAAGAUAUAGAUUUAUAGGUAAAAUAAGUUUUACUCUGUAGCAUAAACAUCUUUUUCUUUUAAAAAAUCAAGAAAUGUUUAUUUAAAUGUCUAUUGUGAUAGUCCCUCUGUGGCUUUAAAGAUGACAACUUGAAUGGCAAUGGCCAAUCUUAUAUUGACAAGCCACUGAUAGUCUUUGGCAGGCCAUCUAAUAUGUGAAAGCUUAUGCUGUGCUGGCAUAGUCUUGGGAAGUCAGGGUUACCUUUUUAACCACAAGGAGACACUGGAAAAGGACUUUUUUUUUAGAGAAAUAGUUUCUGGAAGGUAGCACUUUGUGACAUAAUGUUCUUCCUAAUAGUGCAACCUUCCUUAUAGUGCAACCAUCCCCCAAAGUCUGUUGUGAGUUAAUGUUAUUUUAAUCAUAAACGACCUGUCUUUGUAAUGACUUUUCAUUUUUACAAGACAGAUAACAGUUAUGUAAUUUAACUUGGAAUAAAAUUUGUCAAUUACUGAGUUAAUGUAUGCAUAUAUAUACACAACCUUAUAUCGUUUCAUACAGUCCUUUUUUGAUCGGCCAGGCACUGUAGAAGCUAUUUUUUCCCAUCUCUCAGGUGUAUUCACUGGAUAUGUCUUCAGAGCUUGUUCCAAAAGUUUUUGUUCUUCUGUUGUCCAAGGUAUGAAAUCUGUACAUAGACCUAAAAAAAGUUAUUUGCAAAACCUGACAGUAUGAGUCCUACUACUAUUGACUAUUUGAUGAAAUAGUCAGACUCAUAGAUUCAUCUCCUAGAAUAAUUUAUUUAUUAAAAAUACUAUUUACAUUUUUAUAUGUGCAAUUAUAAAUAAAAACAUUUUUGACUUGC